UCGUGGGGGAGGGGGCGCCGAUGCGCUCCCUUGACUGCUGCAGCACUGCUGCACUGAGCAGGAAAAAUUUGUAUUAACAAUUUUUUUUUAUUUUUUUUAAAUGUUGUCAUGGCGGCGCCCCCCACGUGGCCAGAAAAGAUGGCGCCCGGGGCACGUGCCCCCCCUGCCCCCCCUAUAGUUACGCCUCUGUUAGCAUGUAUGUCUGUGUGCGCAGAGGGAGGACUUGUGUAUUGCUGUAUACGUUCUGCAUGUGGAAACGCAUCGCACCCCAUAUGCAGGCUCUCUGUAAGGAAGGUCUAGGCCACCCCGUGACAGGGCGGGGGGCGGGGGGAGCAGUCCCUCCAGGUUCUGUGUCUUGGCCAUACUUCCAUGUGUUUGAAUCCUAAGGAUCAGCUGUUAUAUUUAGAGGCGUUUGGCUCACACCAGCCUGAGACAAUUUGGGUACCCAGACAGGAAACUGCGCAUCUCAGUGAGGCUUAUGCAGGAGAUCUUCCUCGGGGAUGCGUCUGUCUCCCAUUCUGACCAGAAUCGCCUGGACAUUGGGGGGUGCCACUGACUGACUCACUCUCCCCACCAGCAGGAAUUUUAGGGGCAGACAAUGCCCGGUCUGUUCCCUUUGGAGGAGAGAACCUUGGAGACUGUGGGUGAAGAGGUGCAGCUGGGAAACCUGGAGAAUUAUCAAAUGCUUAGGACAGUGGCCUUCAUUGUAUUUCAAGCAGGGGCCGCUUUGGCAAAAAAAAGCCCUUACGUGUGCUGACCUCUGCAAGUGCUAUACUUUUCCCAGCACUGGGUGCUUGGUGGGGACACGCAGGGCUUUAAGAGCAACACAGCCCUCUGAAGCGCCAGUAUCCUCUUAGAAGGUGUGCACAGACUGCUGGGGAGUGUAGUCUUUCCCAGCGCUUUGCCCAUAAAACUCUGUGGGGAAAGUGCUGGGAAGGAUGACAUUUCCCGGGGCUUUCUGCACACUUUCCAGUGGGUAUGGUCACCUCUGCACAGUGUGGAGUAUUUGACGUUGGCUAAAGCUUUGCACAGACCUAAUAGGCCGCCUAAUGGCGCAGCGGGGAAGUAACUUGCCUAGGGAGCUAGAGGUUCAAAUCCCCGCUGGUAUGUUUCCCAGACGAUGGGGAACGCCUAUAUCGGGCAGCAGCGAUCGAGGAAGAUGCUGAAAGGCAUCAUCUCAUACUGCGAGGGAGCUGGCAAUGGGAAAGAGAGGAGAGGAGAGCUGGUCUUGUGGUCGCAAGCAGGACUUGUCCCCAUAGCUAAGCAGGGUCUGACCUGGUUGGCUAUGGAUGGGAGACUUUAUGUGGGAGCACUGCAAGAUAUUCCCCUCAGGGGAUGGAGCCGCUCUGGGAAGAGCAGAAGGUUCCAAGUUCCAUCCCUGGCAGCAUCUCCAAGAUAGGGCUGGGAGAGAUUCCUGCCUGCAACCUUGGAGAAGCCGCUGCCAGUCUGUGAAGACAAUACUGAGCUAGAAAGACCAAUGGUCUGACUCAGUAUAUGGCAGCUUCCUACGUUCCUAUGAAACCCCUCCUGUAUUCUACCAAAGACAACCACAGAGCUCUGUGGUUGCCAAGAGUCAACACCAACUCCACGGCACAACUUUACCUUUAAUAAGCAAUUAGUCAGGGGGCCACACUUAGGGUCAGUGGGACCGGCCACUGUCACUGGGGCCUUACAGUGAAGAGCACUGUCUUAGAACCUAUCUUUGAUGUAUCUCCAGUUUCUGAUAUAUAAUCGCUUUAAAGAUCUCCGAGUAUCCAUGCUUAUUCAUUGUUAUUCAUGCUUUGUAAAAGCACCUUUUUUCAGCAUCCAGUUUGCUCUGUGGACCUUUUUCUUUUCCAGGCUCACAGACCCACAAAAGGAGUCCCGACAAGCAAAAUUCCCUGUUUCCACGGUGGCCGAUGCCAGACGUCUUGUUUUGUGUCCUCUGUCUACUGAACAGCUCUUUGGGAGAAGAGAGUUCUCCAGGAAAGAUGCCAGCUCUCCACGCCUAGCAGAAGAGAGUUCUAAGCUCCACCUUCAUGUCCACAGUACGGGGAACUUUGACCCCUUCUUCCUAGCUGCUGGAAUGUAUAAGCAAGCUCUUCCCAAUCUCCUUCCCAGUGAACUUCAGGACUUUCCUCACACACCUGCUGGUUAACAACAACUGUUUCUGCCUGGUGGUUGCCAUGUAUUUGUGGAACACACUCUUCUCUUUGCCUGUGUCCGAAUCCUGCCAUUUGAGCAGGCAGGCUGCAGUGGGAACCGAGCAAAUGACCCAACAGAAAGGAACUGGACACGCUACGCUCUGCUAUCUGUAUUUAAAGAUCUCUGCGACACUGCUGCUAUCGUAUAGCAACAAAUUGGAGACACUCGAAGCAUCUGCCAUGCGUGUCGCUGUGAUUGGAGCUGGUGUGAUCGGCCUCUCCACGGCCCUCUGCAUCCACGACCGCUUCCACUCAGCAGUCCAGCCGCUGGAGAUCGAAGUGUACGCCGACAGAUUUACGCCACACACCACCAGUGACGGGGCCGCAGGGCUCUGGCAGCCAUACCUGUACAACCAAGGAAACACUCAAGAAUUACUCUGGAACAAAGAGACUUUUGAUUAUCUGCUCCAACACAUUAAUUCACCAGAAGCCAAGGAGAUGGGGCUGUUUCUGCUCUCCGGAUACAAUCUCUUCACACAGCCAGUACCAGACCCGUGCUGGAAGGAGAUUGUCUUGGGAUUUAGGAACUUGACUCAGAAAGAGCUUGAGCUCUUUCCUGGCUACAGCUACGGCUGGUUUAACACGGCCCUGAUGCUCGAGGGCAAAAGCUACCUCCCCUGGCUUACCAACAGGUUAAAGCUGCGGAGAGUCAAAUUCUUUCAUCGGCAAAUCAAAUCCUUCCAGGAGCUGAUGGCUCAAGGUGUGGACGUCAUCAUCAACUGCACCGGGGUUCGUGCUGGUGACCUACAGCCAGACCCAGACCUGCGCCCAGGCCGGGGACAAAUCAUCAAGGUUGAGGCCCCGUGGGUAAAGCAUUUCAUCGUUACUCAUGACACGGAGUCUGGAAUCUAUAAGACACCCUACAUCAUACCUGGGAGCAGUGUAGUGACCCUGGGGGGCAUAUUUCAGCUGGGAGACUGGAGUGAAGAGAACAACGCCCAGGACCACCAGCACAUUUGGGAUGGAUGCUGUAAGUUGCUGCCUAGCCUUCAGAAAGCCAAGAUGGUUGACGAAUGGAGCGGAAGCCGUCCAGUCAGGUCGAAAGUUCGGUUAGAGCGCGAGGCUGUUCAUCUUGGAACGCGACAGUCAGAGGUGAUUCACAACUAUGGCCAUGGCGGCUUUGGACUCACCAUCCACUGGGGUUGUGCGAUGGAGGCAGCCAAUUUAUUUGGAAAGCUCAUAGAAGAGAGGAAGUUGGCCAAACCAUUUCACGCCAACCUCUGAUCUUGGGGCAACUGUUCUGGAGGCCCCUCUUUUAUCCCUCACCCCACCCCACCCCCGCCUGCUUGGAUCUAACCUUGGAGAAUUUAGGAAUCCAGUGCUUUUUCUUAACAAUGUUCAAGGAUUUGUGGCAAAGAUCUUUAGUUUUAAAUACAGGAUAAACGCCCACCCCAGAUGAGUAGCUUGUCCCUACCUACCACCAUUUCUGGACCCAUAAAGGCCUUUUUCACAUACUCAGUGGGCUUUUCUUUAUUAUCAUCAUCAAUCAAUAUGUAUUUAACACAUCAUUCUUGGUGCAGCUGAUAUACUUGCUUCCCCUGAUCCAGUGCUAAUUUCCUCUUCAUUCUUUCCUCCUGCUCCAAGUGGGCUGUCUUGCUUUAAACAUUUUGCUUUCCAUGCGUCUCUUGCAAGCAUGUCUGACUGAAUGUUUGUUCAGUGCCUUAGGGUUAUUAUUAUUUUUUAAAGAACAACACCCCCCCCCCUUUUUUUUAAACUUCAAAAACUGCUCUGGAGAUUGCAGGAGGUAACCUUGUGAUUGUCCCAAGGCCCAGCCAAUCAGCAUUGAGAAUAGAUGAGGUAUUUAAUGGAGGAGGGUUUCAGGGUCUGGGACCAAGGUCUUUCCCAGCACUACUACCUGAGACUGCGGGAGAGAAAACCUGGGACGUUCUGUUAUGCAGAACAUGUGCUCUUCCACUGAAUUAUGGCUUCUCCUUCUCCUUUAAAGUUUGUAUGGAGACAAGGAAAGGAAGGAGCCAAACACAGCGAGGGGUGGUGGUGGAGCAAGCCCAGAAGUUGGUCCAAGCGGCAUAAGGCUGCUGUUCCACUCUUGGCGGGUCUGUAGUUUAUGUUCACCUAUGACUUUGCGGGUGGAGGCAAUGGUCAACCCCUCCUGUAUUCUACCAUAGAAAACCACAGGGCUCUGUGGGCGCCAGGAGUCGAAAUCGACUUGACAGCACACGUUAGCUUUAUGACAGAUUACACUUUCUGAGGAUUCAUGCUUUCUCUGUCCCCACUUUGGGCCUAAAGCAAUCCCAUCACACAAGCACCACACACAAAGCCUCAUUAUUGUAAAAACUAUUCAUUUAUUCAACAUAAAAUAUUUGGUGUGGACUCAAACUAUCUAACGUUGCAUCAUCCACCGAGAAACAGAAUAAUAUAGUACAAGAAGUUCAAUAUACAGAACUCUUUUCUGCAACACGAAUAUGUGCCUAGUUUAGAAACUGUACAUUCAAAACACAGCAGAGACAUUCAGUGUUCUUUUUUCGGCAAGCGUUGAGGGAUACAAAGGUCAUUCAUCACAGCGUACACAGAGAAUCGCUUUCCCAUCACGACAGCUUUGCACAUUUACCAACAGGACAACCCACAGACUUCUGAACCCACAAUUAAUUCCAAAUGACCUUCUUUCUGGUUGGUUUGAUUUUUAAGUGAAUCCACCAGCUGUAUGUUUUUCCAGGUAAAAAGCAAAAAAUUCAUAAUAAUCCUUUGGACAAUCGUUGUUGUUCUUGUUGAAAUUUUAUUAUAUACUUCAGUCA